CAGGUCGUCAUUGCGCAGUAGGUUACUGGGAGAAUGAGUUUUCUAAAUAGAGGUUUACAUGAAAGAGAUAGGAUUUUUCACUACAACUCCCAUACACCAUUGUUCACAAACGUUAGUCGCAGGCGGACUGAGGACGCAGGAUAUCUUAUAUAAGGGAGAAGCGCCUGUGCUUAACAGUCCAUUGAAGUUGGGGGAGGUGAUGUGAAGUGUGGAGGAAGCAGAUAGAGUGUAUGUGUGGGACAGCGUUUGAAGAGUUAACGAGAGCAGAGGAGGCGGGCGGGGGGCUGAACACACAGCCAGACUUCCGAAGUGUUAAAGGGGACUCGCCAAAACAAGACUUUUUAACAGUCUGCAGUUAACAAUUUUAAAUUAGAAAAUGUUGCUAAUUAGAAGCAGCAGUAACAUUAUUUUCAAAGCGUGAAGAUUAUCAGCACCUGACAACUUUUUAACCAUAGAUUGGCAUUAGAGGAUAUAGUGUGCUUGUUCGGUUUUUAUCGGUGCCCUCUCGUCAUCAAAAAAAAAAACUAAAAAAAUGUCAGACCCAGCUUCUGGUCAGAAAGACAGGCUUCACCCGAAAACUCCGGGUCCCCGGGCAGGUGGGAGCGGCACAGCUUGUGAGCCUCCCGUAGCCAAUGAGGACGGCGGGAUGGAGAGCGGCGCUAGGGGGCGCUCUGGAGAAGACCAGCAGUUAGACUGCAGCAACUCCCUACCGCAGGCGCUGGGAGACCUAGAGGCGAGUCCGGGUAGAGGAGCUAGCAAACUCCAGCCAAGGUACCUAGCGGCGGCACAGCCAUGCCAAGCGCCCGGCGGGGACGUGGGUGGGACGGAUGUUCCCGUGGAGCACGGCCGCAGCGGUGACCGGCCUGGGGAAGGUAAUCGGAGCCAAGUCCGGGGCGAGAGUGGCGUCGCUGUUCGGCGGCUGAACCAUGGGUGUCCUGGCGGAGGGGUUCAGAGCUUGCCCGGUAAAAAGAAGCACCGGCGGCGGCCCUCCAAGAAGAAGCGUCGCUGGAAGCCGUAUUUCAAGCUGUCCUGGGAGGAGAAGAAGGAGCUGGACGAGCGUGAGACGGCGCGGGCCUCUCGGAUGCGGGAGGAGAUGUUCGCUAAGGGCCUGCCGGUCGCCCCCUACAACACCACGCAGUUCCUGAUGGAGGAGCACGAUCGAGAGGAGCCCGACCUCAAGACCGAGCUGGGGGCGCGGAGGCCGGCGGGGGUCAGCCGCUCCGAGGACACGGCCAGCGAGGAGGAGUUCAUGGAGCCCGAGGAAGAAGAGGACGGCAGCGGCGGCAGUGACGGCAUGGGCAGAGCGGGGGACGGCGGCGGGGAGUUCCUGCAGAGGGACUUCUCCGAAACCUACGAGAAGUACCACGCCGAGAGCCUGCAGAACAAGAGCAAGCAGGAGCUGGUGCGGGAGUACCUGGAGCUGGAGAAGUGCCUCUCCCGCCUGGAGGACGAGAACAACCGGUUGAGGCUCCGGCUCGGCAAGAGCGGCGACAGCCCCGCGGCAGAGAGCCCCAGAGUGAGAGAACUGGAGGGGGAGCUGGAGAGACUGAGGGCGCUCAACACAGAGCUGAGCACCGAGAACGAGGGCUGGAGACGAGGGGAGAGGGGACUCGCUGGCUCCACGGCCGAAUGA